ACAUUGCUGAUUUGUUAGUUAUUUCCGAAGUGGCAUUGCAAAUUGGAAACGUAUCUGACGUUAAAAUAUAACGAACGUCGUUCUUAUUGGAAGGGAAGUGGAAAUAGUGGAAAAAAUAUUCAAUAUGGCUACAGAUCAUACGACGUGAGCUGUCAGCUGUAAUAAUUUUUGUUUCUUUGUGUUUAUUGCGGUGUUAAAAAUGUUAUGAUCGUCACGUACGUGUGAAUAUGGGUGCGAAAGACUCGAAACCUAGUUUUAUAUCAUAUGAAGAUGCAGUGAAACGAGUGUCCGACAGUGAGUUGAGACGUAUUCGAGAAGCGUUCAAGAGAUGCGCCGGGCCGAACGGUUCGUCGUUGAGCCUAGAGGCGUUCGUGCACGAAGUGUUGUGCGAUGGAGUGCCUUACGACGUCGCCGAGUGGCUGUACCAGGCAUGCGGCGGGACCAAGCGAGGAAUUACGUUCAAGGACCUGCUCUGCGGGCUGGUGGUGCUCACCAAGGGCAACAUCGAGGAGAAAAUCAAGUUCCUGUGGACGCUCUACGUCAACAACAAUGGCGACAACGGUACAUAUGUAUACAAGAAAGACUUCGUCCGGAUCAUGCACCUGGAGAACUCCUCGCUCCCAGUCACGGGGGCCCAUCGGACAUCUGAGACCCUGUUGGGCCUCUUCGGGUCGGGGGAGAAGGUCACCUUCGACCAGUUCAGGUCCUGGCUGCUGAUACAUAAGGAUGCGACGGUGUUGUCCAAGUGGCUGCUGUCUGAAGUCAACGUGGCACAGGAUUUAGAGACGCCGACGUUUUACCAGAGCUUGGCUGGUGUCACGCAUUUGGAGGAGAGGGAUAUAAUCGAGUUGGAGAAAUGCUUCUGGUCCCUCCGCAACGCUGCGCCGACGGGGCAGCUGGACGCGGAGAGCCUGACGCCGCUGCUGUCGCCGCCGCUGCCGCCCGCCGCGGUCGCCGGGGCCUUCCUCGCGUUCGACGAGAACCGGGACGGCCAUGUUGACUUCAAGGAGCUGUGCUGCGGCCUCAGCGCGGCGUGCAGGGGACCCAGUACCGAGAGGCUGAAGUUCUGUUUCAAAAUCUUCGACCUGGACAGCGAUGGGGUGCUCAACAAAAAAGAGCUGAUCGACAUGGUGGGCAUCCUGUGCACAGUCGCCAACGAGAGCAUCAAGAACCAGGGCUCCAGGGCCUCCACGCCGGACGGCACCGAGCCCGAGAUAGAGAAGGGCUUCGACCCUGAGGUCAUCCUGGUCAACCUACGGGAGAAGCUUGUGACUGUGCCGCGAAAUGGCAGGAAACCGAUGUUCCAGUUGGGACCUAAUGGUGAUUCGGAGGAGAUUAUUGUUUUGAAAGAGCCGGAGGUGCAAGAAGACGAGGGUCUGAUCGCCAACGACACGGUCCUGACCCUGGAGGACUUCCUGAUCUGGUCGGUGGAGAGCGCCGAGGGUCUCGUGACGCCGUUCCUGGAGCUCAUCUACGAGGUGUGCCACAUCGUGCUCGGGCUGCGGCCGCAGUGCAAGCACAAAGAGAGGGACAUCGUGCUGGGCUGGCUGCGUCGCGAGGUGCAGCGCGGGUACUCCGUGGGCCAGUUCUGGUACCUGGUGUCGUCGGAGUGGUGGGGCGCGUGGGCGGCGUACACGGCGGGCGGCAGCGCGGACGCGUGCUGUCGCGCGCCCGCGCGCCACGGGCAGCUCGACGAGGCCAUCGUGUGCGACGAGAGCUUCACCACCAACUCCACAGGUGAGUCGCAGUCGAUGGGCUCGCUGCUGUGGCGCGCGGAGACGGCGUCGGUGGGGUCGGGCGGGUCGUCGUCGGGCGUGAGCAGCGCGCCCGCGCCGCGCGCGCCGCGCCACCCCGGGCCCGUCGACAACAAGCGCCUGCUCGCGCACGACGCGCUCAACGUCCGGACGCUGACCGGCGAAGGCGGUCACCUGCGCCGCGACGUGACUCUUGCGCAGCACCGAGACUUCGAGCUCGUGCCCGACGCUCUGUGGCGCGCGCUGGCGCUGUGGUACGGCGGACCCGACCCGCUGCCCAGACAGGUGAUAAGGCCGCCUAAUUCAGACGUUGAACUGGAGCUGUACCCGUUACAUUUAAAGCUGUACCGGCAUGUGCCGAGCACGCAGAGGUCGAGCGUGCUGGCGGGCGGCGCGGCGGGCGGCGGCGGGGGCGGCGGCGGCGCGCCGCUGUACAGCUCCGUGCCGCUGGCGCCCGCGCCCGCGCCGCCCGACCGACACCUCGCCUACACCGCCGCCUUCUCGCGCCUCGCCACGCUCAAACAGGUGAGCGAGUUCCUGUGCGGCGCGCUGGGGCUGGCGCGCGAGGACAUGCGCCUGUGGCUGCUCGGCACCAACCAGGUGCUGCUGGACGACGAGCGACCCACCCUGCACGAGCUGCGCCUGGACGAGAGAAGCCGUCUGCUGCUCGAGGUGCGCAACCCCGACCUCACCUGGCCCGAGGAGAUCGGCGCGCUCGGCGGCGGCAGUCGCGCGACGGAGCGGCGCGAGACGCUGAUCGCGCCGAACGUGCCGGGCGCCACGGGCCUGCACAACCUCGGCAACACCUGCUUCAUGAACGCCGCGCUGCAGUCGGUGUGGAACACGGGCCCACUCACUCGGUAUUUCAACUCUGGUAUGCAUUUGUACGAAGUGAACACCACCAACCCGCUCGGCACUAAGGGAGUCUUAGCGUUGCGAUUCGGCGAACUAUGCAAAGAGGUGUGGUCGUGCAGCGCGCGGUCGGUGGCGCCGCUGCGCGUGCGCUGGUGCGUGUCGCGGCACGCGCGCGCGCUCGCGGGCGGCGGCCAGCACGACGCGCAGGAGCUGCUCGCCUGGCUGCUCGACGCGCUGCACGAGGACCUCAACCGCGCCGGCCCGCCGCCCACGCCGCCGCCCACGCCCGCCGCCGCGCCCGCCGCCGCGCCCGCCGAGCGGCCCGACCAGGAGGUGGCGGCGGAGGCGUGGGCGUGGCACGCGGCGCGCAACCGCUCCGUCAUCACGGAGCUGUUCUACGGACAGCUGCGCUCGCGCGUGCGCUGCGAGGCGUGCGGCCGCGGCUCCGUGCGCUUCGACGCCUUCAACAUGCUCAGCCUGCCGCUGCCCGUCGACGCCUGUCUCCGGGUAGAGCUCACCGUUAUACUAUUAGACGGGUCUGUGCCAGUCAAAUAUGGUGUGAGAGUGAACUCCGAAGGUACAUACUUAGAUUUGAAGAAGAAGCUAUCGGAACUAUGCGGUCUGCCGCCUGAAUCUAUGCUGAUAGCGGAGCUGAACGGCGCGCAGCUCGGGCGCGUGCUGGAAGACGACGCGAAGCUCGGCGCGGCGCGCGACCUGCUCGCGUACGAGCUGCCGCCCGACCCCGACGCGCACGACUCCGACGACGAGCUGCGCCCCGCGCACGGUUGGAGUGGGUCGGCGGGCGCGUGGUCGGAGGUGAGUGUGGGCCGCGGCGGCAAUUCUUCCUCGCUCUGCAUGCCGGCCCUCUUCUGCUUCAAGAGGUCCAGAUCGGAAAUUCUUAUGUCCCAGAGUCCGCCGACCACGUUCUACGGCAACCGCGCCCCGGAGCCCGACCACCGCUUCAACACGCUGCCCAAGGACCUCAAGCGCGAGGUCAACGGCAGCAGCUCGCCCACGCUCAGCGUCAAGUCCUUGACCUUGAAGCCGACCAGCCCCAAACUCGCCAAGGUCAAGUUCGGUUCCUCGCCCUCCAAUAUGUACAAGAUGGAUGAGGUGAAUGAGACGCCCGUACACGUCGGGAAAAUAAAUUAUUUGGUUGCUGUGCACAGGAAGACGGCGGUGACGGAGGCGUCGUUCGCGUGGGCGCGCGCGGCGCUGUUCGGACAGCCGCUCGUGCUGCGCGUGCGCGCCGGCCAGUCCGGCCGCCAGCUCUACCGCGCCGUGUGGGCGCAGGUGGCGCGCCUGCUGUCCGCGCGCCCGCCGCGCCCGCGCCACAACCACGCCACGGACUGCGACGACAGCCUGGGCUACGAGUUCCCGUUCACGCUGCGGCUGGUGAGCGGCGGCGGCGCGUGGUGCGGCGUGUGCGAGUGGCCGGCGCUGUGCCGCGGCUGCGCGCUGCCCAGCGACGACGCGCCGCUCGUCACCAGGGGCGGUAAGCGUGCGCGUCCGCGGCGCCAGUCGUCCGUGAGUGCGGAGGCGCACUCCGACGCGCCGCACUCCGACUCGCCCAUCGCCAAGGCCAAGCUGCACCGACACUCCAGCACCAGGCACAGCCACGUACAAGGCUCGUCGCCGGGCACGCUGCAGGCGCUGGACCUGUCGCUGGUGCGCGAGGUGAUGCGGCGCAGCGGACAGCGCGUCAUGCUCGCCAUCGACUGGGACCCCACCGCGCUGCACCUGCGCUACCAGUCCACCAGGGAAAAGGCGUUCACGGCCCACUGGUCGGUGGCGUGGAGCCUGGCGGAGGCGGCGCGGCCCGUGGACCUGGGCUCGUGCCUGCGCGCCUUCACGUCGGAGGAGCGCCUCGACGAGCGCUACCACUGCGAGCCGUGCCGCGCCGCACAGCCCGCCACCAAGAACCUGCAGAUAUGGAGACUGCCGCCCAUACUGAUAAUCCACCUGAAACGGUUCCAAUACGUGAACAACAAGUGGAUCAAGUCGCAGAAGGUGGUGAACUUCCCGUUCCAGGACUUCGACCCGACCGCGUACCUAGCGUCUAUCCCGCAGGAGACCAUCAGGCGGCACAUGCGCAUACACAACAUACGGCCGAGGGCGUCCAUAUACGUCGACGCGCCUAUGUCAGAUAGCGAGAGCGAGGACGAGAAUGACGAGAAUCAGCAGGCCAAGCCGUCCCCCCCCGCGGAGAGCGAGCGGCCGCCGGCGCGGGCGCGCGACGCGCGGCGCACGCGCCUGCACUCCGCCAGCCUCAGCAACACCCCCGUCACCGACGACAACCUCGUCGACUACCACCAGCACCACCUGCUGCCCGACCAGGACAACUUCGACCUCAAGUACAGGCUCUACGCGGUCGUCUCCCACUCCGGGCAGAUGAGCGGCGGUCACUACGUGACGUACGCGCGCAACCCGUCGGGCACGUGGCUGUGCUACAACGACUCCAUGGUGCGCUCGCUGUCGCCCGCCGCCCGGCCCCCCCACCCGGCGCCCGUGCCCCCCAUCGACCCCGCCUCCGCCUACCUGCUGUUCUAUGAGCGGCAGGGACUCGACUACGAGCGGUAUCUGCCCGACGUCAGCCAAGCGGACCCCAAGGUCGGGGACCUCGACCUGCUCGACCCCGACGACACGGACCUCAAGAAAAUGUGCGUGAUCGCGUAGGCUGCGCUCACGCACGAUACGCGGGCACGCCCGCAUCGGUCGCUCAAAAUUUCAAAUUUAUAUGUACCAAAUAGUGAGAUUGGCGUGUAUUUGAUGUGUAAUUUUUGUACGUUUAAUGUGCCGGACAAAAUGGCCGACCUCAUUGUAAAUAUUUUUGUGCGUUACCGUACACCAACAAAAUACGUUCUAUUGUAUUCGGCCUAAUUUUACGGGCAGCUAAUUACCAAACAUCCAUUUGGAAAAAUAUAAAAUGACAGCUAGUGUUUGUCAAUAUGGCCACUUUUGUCCGUCACAUUGAAAUCACAUGGCAAUAUGCUAAAGCACUGGACGAAGACUCAAACCGUAUAUCAUAGUAUUAAUGUUAAAGUAUCGAUACGUAUUCGACGGACCAUGUUAGCGUCGACAAAGAACAUUCCUUAGUUCACUCACGUCUGUUCAACCUUUGCUUAUGUUGAGGGGACAAUAAAGGCCAAUAUCGUCCACACGAUGGUGUAGUCCCCUUAAGUUAUUUUGUUAUUAAAGUCGAGCUCUCAACUCAAUCGGUAUUUGUUUAGGAGUGCAGUUGACUUUAAGCUAUUAUUUUCAUUCGUUUCAUUAUUAUUACAAAGAAAAUAGGUUUCAAAGGAUUUCACAUAAUUUUGAAGAAAAUCUUAGUAAAUUUUAUUUAAAUUUAUUAUUUAUGUUAUGCGUGUUUUUAUUUUUAAUUUUCAUAAAAUCUGAGUUGUAAGGAAGCACCGUAAUAAAAAACAAUGAGCAUUUGAUUUACCUUGACUAUAAGUACAUCGCAUCAUCUGUGUAGUGGCAGCGUACUUAGGCUGUGAAUCCGGGGAAUUCCCGGAAAAAACAGGAACUGUAAAUGAAAGUUUUUCAAAAUGAAAAACAUGUUGCCUAGCAUUUUAUGCCCAAUAUGGCAUUUAGCCCAUACAAUAUGGUUUACUAGGUGUAUAGUGGGUGGCAAAUGUAUCUGCCAACCCCUUGAAGAGCACUGGUGUGAGCUUACAAUUAAUCCACGUAUUAAAGCACUCGCGCGUGUUAAAGCAUUCCUUGCGCGGAGACAAAACAUAAUAUAUUUCGUAUUUUCUUACCGAUAAACAAUUAUAAUAAUUAUCAAAUAAUAUAAUAAAAAUAAUAAUUAAUAUUUCAAAAUUUAUUGUUUCAAUUUUUUCAGGAUGUUUUUUUUUUCAUAUUUAAAUGUUAUAUUUUCACUUAUAGAAAUGAUGUAGGUAAGAAAAAUCAAAUUAUACAUUCUGCCCGCUUUUAAAAUUAAUAAAACUUGCUAAAGUGUACGGCGCAGUUUGUAUGCUCGUGUUCACGGUAUCUGAGCUCUAGUCAAGUCUAGUGGCAGACUGUGGAACCCGCGAGGUGCUAGGUUCAAUCCCAGAACUUGCCUAGAAAUCAUGUGUUGUACCGAAUAUGUCGUUUCGCAAAGAAUAAGCACAGCGUGAGUGCAGUUUCUGCCUACCCCUUCGGGAAAACGCGUGAAUAUAUAUAUCGUUUGUAGGCCAGUAAAUAUCCACUUCCCGUGCACUUCAUUUUAUUAUCUGACACUUUGUUGUGCUAGUGAGGAAAAAAGUAUGGUGCCCAAUUCAGGUUUUUUUCUCUUCUUUUUCGUUAGAAAUCUUUCAUUGGUUGAAAUAUAAGUGGUUAGAAGUUAUGUUAACUACAUAAGCGCCAUAGAUAAUGGAUAGCGGAGUCGACACGAAGGUCAUAAUGUAAAGUCGACAGUUGUCAACGGCCGAACUUAUGGUUCCAAAACUAUUCGUAUAAGAGGUCGAAUAGAACUUAGGGGUCAAACUAAAUUUAGGUAGAAUUUUCACAACUGUAAUCUAAAUCUUAAUUAUUAUAAAGAACAGAAGAUAUUCAUACGAUUACAGUUGAACUAAACAAUUUAAAUGCCGAUGAAGUAAAAAAUUCUAUCUAAAUUAUUUUCAUCCUCUAAGUAGUAUUCACCCCCUAAUAGUUUUGUGUCGGGCCGCUAUCAGUAGUCGUGAAUGUUUAGUUCCAGUAUGUAUGGUGCGACGGAACGCCACUUGGCGUCUAUCGGAGACUGAUGUGAAUUAUAAACAUUGUGAUGUGCUAUAUUUACUCAUAUUUUAUAUAAUUUAAUCAUAGAUAGAUGCGUUUCGUAUUACGCAGCGGAUGGAACUACUUAACAAAACGAGUGGCAACUAAGUUGGCGCCUCGACAAUGCGCUUGAUUCAAUAUGUCGCUAUAAGUACUUGGAAAAUAUUAUUAAAAGCUGGGACUUAGGUUUGAGUCGCAUACUAUGUUUACUUAGUCUUCUGCUUAAUAUUAGCCUCUGUGUGUAUUCCUGUUUCGGAUAGUAAUAAUGAUUUUCGAGGAGCCCAGUUAGUUGCAAACAUGUGCAUAGUUAUUGAAAACAUAAAGUUCUUCAUUCAGAAUUGAAUUGUCGCUACUUAUUUAAAAUUAUUUAUGUUUUUAAAUUAUCAAUUAAUAUUAGUCACCGAGCCUCGGGCAAUUAUAGUCGGUGCGUAAUACAAAAUGUAUUCACAUAAUAUAUGCUUUUAGCGAAGACAUAUUUAGAAUUAUAAUUAUAAAUAUUAAUAUAAAACAGAUAAGUUUAUUUUUUAAUUAUAAAUUAUUGUAUUGUUUUGAAGUUUGAACAGUGAUUGUGCGGAGUCCGCGGCGUGGGCUCAUGUUAUUUUGUACGCGGCCUAGGGCACGUAGCGUUGCUUAUUAGUGAUUUGAUAAGUAUUAGUGUAAAUUGUUUUAUAUAUUGAUAUUAUUUUUACAGCCGCUCUAUCCAUUGUUAUACAAAAAUUAAAUACAGCAAUAGAAACAAAUAUGGAAAAUAAACAUAAAACAAUACCAAUUGAAUAUUAAUUAUAAUCAAGUUCGUAAUUAUAUAGUGUUCACUUCUGGACGCUAGUUUUUAUUGGGGAGGGCCAGCCUUCCCAUACAGUUUAAUACGGGUUGGUAGUCUUCACAUGUCGAAUCCAUUAUCCAUGGUUCAAAAUGUUGAAUUCCUAUGGAAAUUCUUUUGUGAUUAUUCAGUGCGAGAUUUCCAACAGUAUAAGGAUGGAUGGUGCGGCCGAGUCUCGCGCGCUCGCGCUCGAGCAGGGAACACGUAUGUUACGGCAUUGUAUAUUGUAUCUCACGGUCACGUGCCAUCGAAAUGUUUCCCCCUUUGUCAUUAUAUACCAAAGUCAUGUUUCGGUGAAACCUCGUUAAGUCUCGUUUACACGAGUUUCUCGUACAGAAACGAGAAUAGAAGUUUCUUGUUGCAGAUAGAUAAAUCAACUUAUUUGGAUUACAUUUUAUAAUAUGAAUUGCAUAAUGCCAAAUGCCUCGAAAACUGUUUUUUUUUUGUUGUAUUCUCUCUUGCGAGAAACUGCUUGUGUAAACGAGGCUUUAGUUAUUUUUGUCAAAAAAUGUAAUUUUUGUAUUACAGUUCCGCGCCCGUUUUUAAGCCGAAAGACUAGAAACUAUGCAGCGCGUGAUACAUCGAUUUUUUUGUAAAACUAAGUGUCUAGUUAUCAUGCAAUAUUUUUCAAUAAGAGCAACUUUUAUAAGUUUUCUAGUCUUUUGCCACGUAGGGGCGCGGACUACCCGCUUAGUACAUGCAAUGUACCGAGUCGCUUGUCAGUCGCAUGCCAUCCGGAUCACGAUCGCGUCGUGUUUAAUCAAAUUGUUAUUAAGUAUUUUAAUAUCCCUGUGCAAUAAAGAAUUUUUGUAUCCA